AAACUAAGCGUCAAACCAUGGUCAUUGGUCCGUAGUCGUGAAAAUCGAAAAUUUAAGUAAAUUCGAUCUGAAAGUUGUGACUAAGACAAAUCGCUGUAGUUAUAUAGGUAGCUUAACGCGGAUUUCUGAUUUGAAAAAUUAUGUAAAAUGGCUAUAAACCUAGACAAAUUUAAGGCUGAUCUUCUUGCGGCGUGGAAAGAUGUUUUAGAUGAGAAAUCUGACACCGAUUGGGCACUAUUUAGUUAUGAUGGGAUGUCAAAUGACCUUAAAUUUAUUAGCAAAGGAGAUGGAGGUCUCACUGAACUUGUUGAUGAAUUCAAUAGUGGCAAGAUACAGUAUGCUUUCUUAAAAGUGGACAUUCCAAAUAGUACAAUAUCAAAAUAUGUGCUUAUCAAUUGGCAGGGAGAAGGCGCUCCAACAGUUCGUAAAGGGACAUGUGCCAAUCACAUCAAGCAUGUCUCUCAGUUCUUUAACGGAUUCCAUACGACAAUUCAUGCGCGGACUGAAGAUGACCUGGAUGAGAAAAUAAUCUUAGACAACUUGGCUAAAGCUGGUUCAGCAUUUAACUUUAAGUCUAAUAGAAGUGAGGAGCAGCCACCUAGCGGACCAAUUGGCACUAGUUAUCAGAAAGUUAAUCCAGUACAAGAAAUAAACUCUAAAGAACGGGACCAGUUUUGGUUGAAAGAGGAACAAGAAGAGAAAAAGAGGGUAGAAGCAGAGAGAAAACAAAGAGAAGAGGAAAAGAGGAAAGCUGAGGAAGAAGUGAGAAAAAGGGAUGAACGUGAAGCCGCUAAACGGGCACAGGUUGAACAACAAAAUAUUCCUCAAGAUAAAGCGCCUAGGUCGAGUGUAAGUGAGCGAUCGGUUGAGGCUCGAGAACUUAUUGGUGCUUCGACGUCCGCUGCUAGAAAGAUGUUUCAGCAAAAUCUUGCGCAGGGACAGAUUUAUAACAAGUCAUCAAAUAUACCAGAGAAACCGGUCAGAAGUUCAGUAAUAGCGCAAAGAAUAAAUGCAUUCUCUCAAAAUACAUCUCAACCGUCGUCACCGAUUCAUACACCUAAAUCGCCGACACAACUUGAAGCCAAAGACAAUAUAACACCCAUAGAGAAAUCACCCACAGGCAAACCACCAACUCCAGCCACAGAGAAGCUAUCUAUAGACAAGGAGGAAGCCACAGAUUCGUUACAGGAAGGCCAAAAAAGUCCACUAAAGAACAUAGACAAGAUCAAGAUGAGCCUGGAAACACCAUCACAGAUACAAUACGAACCGAUAAUUGAUCCCACAGAUCUUAGUCCGAGCACAGAAAACGAACCGAGCUCAUUUAGUUCUGUCAAUUACACAGAGUAUCUCGAUUAUAGAGAUUUGAAGCAAUGCGAGCCGAUGAUCAAACAGAAUAUUCUGGAAAAUGAUAUUUUCGACCCGGCUUACUCGAGUUCGAACGAAAAUGAUGAUGAUGAUUCCGAUAAUAAGUUUAGUACGAUCAAGAGGUCGCCAUACAGUAAAAAUAAUGACGCGGAGUUAAGUAGACAAAAUACUGUGAUUGAAAAUGUUAAUUAUAAAAAGGAAAAUGGGGCCACGCAUGAAGAUGUGUCACCCGAAGGUUUGGAAGAGAGCUCGAUAUAUGAAGAUUUGGAUGAUGACCCCGGUCUAACUGCAAGAGCCUUGUAUGAUUAUCAAGCAGCCGACGAAUCCGAGAUAACAUUCGAUCCGGGUGAUAUAAUUACUCAUAUAGAACAAAUAGACGCGGGUUGGUGGCAAGGCCUCGGGCCUCAUGGCGUUUUUGGUCUUUUUCCCGCCAAUUAUGUUGAAUUGAUGCCUUGUGUACCUCGCUAAGCAUUUAUUUCAGUAUUCUAUACCACAGACUGACAAUAGUGGUUUUUAACGGACUAGAGAUGGGUCGCAUUGCGCUGACAGUUGACAUUGACAGCUGAUAGUUGACACUUGACACUUGUUUUGGUAUUAUUUUGUGUACGAUUCGCAUGGAUUUCAUGAAUUAGUAUUGCCAUUGACUACUUUAUUUUUCACAAGACUGUGUUUUUACUUAAUGAAAAAUACAUACUCCUUUCCGUUUUAAUAACAUUGUCUAUAGAAAUUCUAUUAACACAAGUCAAUUGUCAAAGUGACAGCGCAAUUGUAAUGUCUUACCCAUCUUUAGACGAGAUAAAUGUCAUAUUACGUAUUAUUAUUUGUGCGAUUUAAUGUAAUUUAUAACGACCAUUCCUUAAAUUCAGUUUUUUUUAAUUGUACUGACUAAAAGCUAUUUUUACGUUUAGCAGUUAUUAUAGUAUUCUAAUGAGCAUAUCUUAACAACCUCAUUUGAAAUAAAACACAAUGGGUUUAAUAUGGAACGGAGACUUAAGAUACAGGAAAGGUUCAGAAACGUG